AUAUUUGUCUAAACAAAAGCAUAAGCAUUUAUUACUUUAUUUACUUUUUAAAAAAAUUAGAUACGCCAGCCUCGUGCCAAUUAAAUCAAUUUCACACCAGCGUCAUAGCGCUUCUUGACGCGUUUAACUCGAGAUGUUGGUCCCCAAAUCGCAUUUGGAAAUAGUUUUGAUUCUGUUUUUGAGUUGCGGGGCCUUUCAAUCUGUUCAUGGAUUAGAGAACGGUCUGGCGUUGGUUCCUCCAAUGGGCUGGAUGACGUUUGAGAGGUUUCGUUGCAUGACGAACUGUGAACUGUUCCCCAGAGACUGCAUCAGUGAAGCGCUAAUCAGGCGUACUGCCGACCUCCUGGUAUCCGAGGGUUACGCUGCUGUGGGAUAUCAAUACUUGAUUAUCGACGACUGUUGGAUGGAGGCCUCUCGGGACCGAGCCACUCACGAGCUUCAGCCCAAUUUGAAUCGUUUUCCCAGUGGAAUGCGUGUGCUUGGCGAUUACAUUCAUUACAACGGGCUCAAAUUCGGACUUUAUCAUGAUGUGGGAGAGAAGACCUGCAUGUUUCGGGGACCCGGAGCUGCCAGGCAUUUUGAACUGGAUGCGCAGACAUUUGCGAGCUGGGGCGUCGACUAUGUCAAGAUGGACGGCUGCUACGCCACUGAAGAAGAUAUAGACAGGGGAUACCCCGACUUUGGAAUGGCCAUGAACCUGACGGGCAAGCCCAUGGUGUACUCCUGCAGUUGGCCCUUUUACAAGUCAAAGCCAGACUAUGCUUUGAUCGCGAAGCACUGCAACCUUUGGAGGUUCGCAGCGGAUGUGCAGGACUCCUUUGCAUCGGUGAUAAAGAUAAUGUCGCGCUACUCCAAUAAACAGGACGUUCUAAUUGCGAAUGCCGGCCCUGGUCGCUGGAAUGACCCAGACAUGCUCGUCCUGGGAAACUUUCGUCUAAGUUACGACGCUAGCCGGGUGCAGCUGGCAAUAUGGGCGGUAAUGGGCGCACCAUUGAUUAUGACCAACGACUUGGAAACUGUUCGUCCGGAAAUAAAACAACUACUUCAAAACCGGGAUAUAAUUGCGAUUGACCAGGACUCGCUCGGGCAGCCUGGAAAGAUGGUUCUAAAGGUGCAAAACUUUCAGGUCUGGGUUCGAUCCGUAAAUCCAAUGAACGACGUUGGCGACAACUCAUUUGCAGUAGCAUUCGUCAACCAAGGGGGAUAUGCCUUAUGUCCUUUAUGCCCUCAGAAAUUCGAGGUACCUUUGCACAGACUCGGCCUUAAGAGUCGCAUGGGCUAUAAUGUCAUGGACUUGUUCAACAGUACAGAAAAUUUAGGCUUGUUCAAGCCGAAAGAUAGGUUUAUCACAAGAAUCAAUCCGGAAGGCAUUACUUUUUACAAGUUCACAGUGAUGGCCAACUACUGACUCCUUGUAUAACAUUUUUUUUAACCAAAAAAUAUUGAUUUUCAAAAGGAAACAAUGCCGAGAAACAAUUCCACGGCAAUCCACAGAAUACAGAAAUAAACCUACAGGCCCACAUUAAA